GCUCUGGGGGGCUCUGGGGGCUCCCCACAAAUCCCAAGGGGAAGGAUCCCCACCCUCCUCUGGUUCUCCCAGGUGAAGCUGCCCCCGCAGAAGGAGGUGAUCACGGCCGAGGAGCUGAUGGCACAUCUGGGGAAUUGCAUCCUGGCCACCCAACCCCGCGACACCUCAGAGGGGCUGCAGCUGAAUUUCCAGCAGAACAUCAGCGACACCAUGACGGUCCUGCCGAAGCUCUCGACGGGGCUGGACGUCAACGUGAGGUUCACGGGGGUCUCAGACUUCGAGUACACCCCCGAGUGCAUCGUCUUCGACCUCCUCAACAUCCCGCUCUACCACGGCUGGCUGGUGGACCCCCAGAGCCCGGAGCAGGUCCAGGCCGUGGGCAAGCUCAGCUACAACCAGCUGGUGGAGAAGAUCAUCACCUGCAAACAGGCCAGCGACUCCAGCCUGGUGAGCGAAGGGCUGGUGGCCGAGCAGUUCCUGGAGUCCACGGCGUCGCAGCUGACGUUCCACGGGCUGUGCGAGCUCACGGCCCGGGCCCGCGAGGGAGAGCUCGGCGUCUUCUUCCGCAACAACCACUUCAGCACCAUGAUCAAGCACAAGGGUCACCUUUACCUGCUGGUGACGGACCAGGGCUUCCUGCAGGAGGAGGGGGUGGUGUGGGAGAGCCUGCACAGU